AAAGGCACACACAGAUAGCAGUUCAAGCCAGUUUGACAUUUCUCGUCCCAGUCAGUCAGUUGGCCGAAGCACGGCGUCGCGGUACGAUCGCCCGCCAUUUUGUUAACGAAAUUCCGUGCAUUUAAUUAAAAAUAAACCGUUUCCAUAGUUUCGCUAUUUACGCAAGUGUACACGAAACCCCAUGUGAAAACAAAGACACAGUCGGAUGAGUCAGGAGAAACGGUGGACCGAAACGAAAAACGAAUUUAAAAUUUUAAAAUUAUAAAACAUUCGAAAUUGAAAAGAAGAAAGUAACCGAACAUUCCAUACAUAACUAACGCCUAACCAAUAACGUUGCCAUAUUAACAUUUAACAAGCUUUUGUAAUUAUAAGUGAAACGGUAAAGGAGUUGUGAGUAAUCGCUAUAAAUUAAGUGAAAAAAAAAAUUGUGUCAAGAGCAAAAAGUGUGUGUCAAGGGGUCUCAGCAACUUUCCUUUUGUGGAGCCGACUGGAUGACAUCGGCUUCAAUAAAACUGUGGUGGAUCGUUUAAAACUGACCUCGACAGUUCUCGGUCCCAUUGUGGAGGGAUUUUGGCGGAUUCCUUCACAACAACUCGCGACCGCACCGCGGCGGAACGAUUAACAAUAUCCAAAUUAAAGAAUUAACCGCUGACCCCUUAACUGAGGACAAUUUAAACAACAAAGCGUUAAAACAGUGUACUAUAAAUGAAAUUGGUGCUAUGAAGUGAGUGUUUCAAUAUGUCGACACAAUCGUACUACAAGGAGCGCCUCGGCUUUGAUCCGCAAGAGGCGAUGCAGGAUGGAGUGAACGGUGGCUCGUACUACGACGGGCCCCAUCAGCCGAAGCGACACCGCGGGGAGCCGCACCAUAAGGACAGCCACGACCAAGUAUACGAGGAGAAUUUGACUAAGUUUAAAGAUGAACGGGACGCGAUACAGAAGAAAACGUUCACAAAAUGGGUCAACAAACACCUCAAAAAGGUGAACCGUCAUGUGAACGACCUCUUCGAAGACCUUCGCGAUGGACUCAACCUCAUCUCGCUGUUGGAGGUGCUUUCUGGCGAACACCUUCCGCGCGAACGAGGCCGUAUGCGGUUUCACAUGCUACAGAACGUACAAAUGGCCCUGGACUUCCUGCGGUACAAGAAGAUCAAGCUCGUCAACAUUAGGGCAGAGGACAUCGUCGACGGGAACCCGAAGCUCACCCUCGGGUUGAUAUGGACCAUCAUCUUGCACUUCCAGAUAUCAGACAUCGUCGUCGGCCAAGAACCGAACGUGACAGCUCGGGAAGCGCUGCUGAGCUGGGCCCGGCGCUCCACGGCGAAGUACCCCGGGGUUAGGGUCGCUGACUUCACGUCGUCCUGGAGGGACGGACUCGCCUUCAACGCGCUCAUACACAGGAAUCGUCCUGAUCUGAUUGACUGGCGUAAUAUCAGAUCAAGACAAGUCCGCGAGCGCUUGGAGACAGCGUUCCACGUUGUCGAGAAAGAAUAUGGAGUCACCAGGCUUCUCGACCCAGAAGACGUGGACACUCACGAGCCCGAUGAGAAGUCCCUCAUCACGUACAUCUCGUCGCUGUACGAGACGUUCCCGGAGCCGCCGGCGGUGCAUCCGCUGUUCGACGCGGAGUCGCAGCGCCGCGCCGCAGCGUACACCGAGCAGGCGGCGCAGCAUCGCGCGUGGCUGCACGAGAAGUGUUCCCUCAUGCAGGAUCGUGCUUUCCCGUCGACUUUGAUAGAAAUGAAAAAGUUGCUAAGCGAGAGCACGCGCUUCCGCAACGAGGAGGUGCCGCUGAGGCAGCGCGAGAAACAGAAACUGUUCCACCAGUACCGGGAGCUAGAGAAAUAUUUCGAAUCAGUUGGCGAGAUCGAAGUGGAGCCGACGCUCCGGCCGGAGGCGCUGGAGCAGGCGUGGGCGCGGCUGCUGAUGGCGGCGCAGGAGCGGGAGAGGGACCUCUCCGACGAGAUACGACGCCUCGAGCGGUUGCAGCGACUGGCGGAGAAGUUGCAUAGGGACAUAAAACAAACCGAAGCCGGUCUCGACAACGUGGAACGUCACAUCGAAAGCGAGAUACGUCGCGUAGAGCGCGGCGUGCACCCCGCCGAGGCCAAGAUGGCCGCGGAACAGAUCGAACAGGAGCUCAGGAGUAUGGAGCAGACGAUACAGGAGAUGUUCCAAGACUCGCACGCAUUGAGGGAAGGAAGAUACCCACAGGCCAGUGAACUGCAUAGACGGGUGCAACAAGUCCACGACCGCUGGUUGAACGCGCGGCAAGCGUUCACCGGGCGGCUGGUGCCGCGGCUGUCGUCGGUGCGGCUGCCGGUGCAGCAAACCACGGUGCGGCGCGAGACGCGCACGGUGCUGGAGACCAGGGUGCACGACGCUGACCCCAAGUUCCAGCAGUUGCAGGAGGUCACCAAAUGGUGUAAAGAGAAACUGAAAAAACUUCACGAGGCAGACUACGGCUCAGACUCGCCCUCAGUGCAACAUGAACUAGACAAGCACCAACGAGAACAUAAACAAAUUGACCAAUUCCAUUCUAAGGUGGAACAGUGUGUGCACAAUAGAACAAACUUCAGCGGCGAGGAAUUGAAUCUCUACAACCAACACUUAAAUCAACUUCAGAAGCUGUACGCUGAACUGCUAUCUACUAGCACAAAACGAAUGUCAGAAUUGGACGCACUGCAAGAGUUCCUGCAGUCGGCGACUGCUGAGCUGAACUGGCUCAAUGAGAAGGAGCAAGUGGAACUGUCUCGCGAUUGGGCAGAUCCGCAUAUAAACCUGCCCGCCGUACAACAUUACUAUGAGCAACUAAUGUCAUCGUUAGAGAAGAGAGAACUCCAGUUCAGUAACGUCAUAGACAGAGGAGAGGCGUUGAUCGCGCAACACCACCCGGCGACGAAGACCAUUGAAGCACAUUUGCAGGUGAUGCAAUCUCAAUGGGCAUGGGUGCUGCAACUGACGCUGUGUCUGGAAACGCAUCUGAAGCACACCACGCACUACCACAACUUCUUUGAGCAAGUGAAGGACGCUGAAAAAUGGAUUCAGAAACGCGAGGAAGCCUUGAACACAACAUUCUCUCAAUCCGAGUUCACGCUCGACCAAGGCGAGCGCCUGCUGAAGGGCAUGCAGGAUCUGCGCGAGGAGCUGAACGAGCAGGGCGCGGCCGUGUCCCGCCUGGUGGAGGAGGCGCAAGAGGUCCGGCCUGUGAAGCAACGCCGAGCGCCCGUCACGCGCCCGCUGCGAGCGGAGACUGUGUGCGCUUAUAAACAUGCCAAUGUGGCAAUAGAGAAGGGGUCAGCGGUGACCGUGGUGGACAACUCGGGGCGCAGUCGCUGGCGGGUGCGGCUGGGCGGCGCGGGCACCGAGGUGCAGCUGCCCGGCGCCGUGCUGGCGCUGCCGCCGCCGUGCCAGGAGGCGCUCGACGCUGCUGGUGCGCUGCGCAACGCGUACGACAGAGUCAUUCAACUAUGGCAGAGGAAGCAACUUCGGAUGCGACAGAACAUGAUCUUCGCCACCAUCAAGGUGGUGAAAGGAUGGGACUUCCCACAAUUCGUAGCGAUGGGCGCGGAACAACGUCAAGCCAUCCGGCGCGCGCUCAACGAGGACGCAGAGAAGCUGCUCGCGGAGGGAGACCCCGCCGACCCGCAGCUGCGGCGGCUGCGGCGGGAGAUCGAUGACGUCAACCGACUGUUCGACGAGUUCGAGCGACGCGCCAGAGCUGAAGAGGAUUCCAAGAAUGCAGCGCGGAUAUUCACUGAACAAUCAUCGAACCUGCUGGAAAGGCUGGAGGUCUUCGAACGGCAGCUGCAUGAGCGCAUCGCGAGCCACAUCCCGAGAGACCUGGACUCUCUGGAACACCUAGUGCUGCAGCACAAAGACUGGGAAAGUAGUCUUCUUACGUUGUCGACUGACGUAGAAGAAGUGCAGACUACAUUCAGAGGCAUCGCGCUCAAGACGCCCGCAAUGAAAAAGAAUCUCGACAAGGUCAUGGGCAAAUGGAACGACCUGCAAACCAAGAGUCAACUAUUUGUUGAAAGAUUAAAGUUCGUGGAGAUUGUAGUAAAUAGUAUAGAAGAGAACAAUCAGACGAUAUCCGAAUUUGAAAUCAAACUCGCUCAGUUCAGCGAUUUGCCAAACGAUGUUGAACUGUUGAAAGAUAUUCACGAAGAUCUACUCCGAAUGCAAGUCGCAGUCAGCAAACAACAAAUCCAAGUGGAUCAAAUGAAUGAUGACGCGGAAAAUUGCCGCAGACUGGUGGAGAGCUCGAGGGCAGCUCUCCCACACUCCUCACUGCCGAGAUCUGGCAAACACAUCGACCUCGAACGAUUGGACAAAGAGGUCACACAGCUGAACAACAGAUGGAACAACGUGUGCGGUCAGCUAGCUGAAAGACUACGCAGUUGCGAAGCAGCCUACCAACUGCUACGUAACUACAACGCAGGAUUGGAAAAAGAGGCGGAAUGGAUCGACGACGCGUACAGCAAAUUGCAGUCGCAACCGCCGAUCGAAAUCAGGCCCAAAGAACAGUUGGAGCCGACCAGGAUUCAACUGACAACUGCUGUGGAAAGAACACCCAGAAUUGAAAAAGUUAAUGUAGACGGUGGAAGAUUUAUUCGAGAGGCAAAGAUACACACGUCGAGAUGCCAGCGAUACGUUGAAUGGCUGUGCGAGGAAAUCCACCCAUCCCUCGACACGAGGCAGCUGAAACGACAAGCGGACAUGGAACUGGCAGAGCGUCUGCGGAACCGAGGCUGCAUGGAUAUAGUUCCUGGCGAACAGAUACCUUCUGGCGCUGAAGCUGUGGCUCGAGAACUCGACGAGCUCAACGCCAAACACCAAAGACUGUUGGACAUGUUGUAUGAGAGAUUGCGAAGGAUAGCGGCCGCCAAUCCAGGAGAUAUUGUCACAUUGCGCCUCGUGGAGGCCAUGGCACCGCGCUCGGCGCGCUCCUUCCGUCAGGAGUUCAACAUGCAAGACCUCUCUACCACUGAGCACACGUAUACUACGCAUUAUACCUCGGAAAAAUACGUCAGGACGUCACACUUAACCGAGCUGGAUAGCCAUGCGCCGAUCAAAUCAAUGACUAACGGCAAAGUGAGUUCGCCUAACUACACCACAAAAACAAUAAUUGCCGACGAUGAUAGACCGGACGUACGUAACCUUAAACGUGUACAUAAAAUGUACGAAGGUCCAAAUAUCAUUGAGUCCAGAGGUAUUGUUCAUCCAGAAACAAGGGAGAUAUUGACAGUUGGUCAAGCAAUUAGCAUGAGAAUAUUAGACGUCCGGACAGGUAGAUUAUUAUCGUCUCCGAAUACAAGACAAACUAUGACCAUAGAUCAAGCGGCCAAAGAGGGUUUAAUAGAUCCUAAAUUGGCUGCUAGAUUAACGGGACCUUGCGGUAUGACAGAAGAUGGAAAUGAAGUCACAUUACUGGAAGCUAUUCAAAGUGAACUGUAUGAUGCGGAGCAAGGAUUGAUUGACCCAGCGGAAAAGAGAAUUAAGGUGACUGUUCAGGGUGAAAAGCCCAGCCAAGGAAUGAGUAUAUCUGAUGCAUUAAACCGAGGCCAAGUCGAUUUACAAAGAGGUCUCUACAGGCUAUCUGAUGGAAGUUAUAUAACUAUCGCGGAAGCCUACCAAAGGGGUUACCUCAUUUACAAUGAGAUUAUUAAAAUAAAAUCAAGCGCUUUGUCUUUAUCCGAUGCAAUUAAUCAAGAGUUAGUAGAUAAUAAUGGUUGGAUUCUGGAUAGGAACUCGGGCGAUAGGUUCCAAUUAGAAGUCGCGAUUAAAAAUGAAUUAAUAAAUCCAAACAUUCGAGAAGUAGUUAAUCCUAAAAACGAUACUAAAAUAACACUUACUGAAGCGAUUGAAAACAACAUAAUAAAUACUAAACAUUCUAAAUAUGUACACAAUGUUACUAAAGAAAAAUUGUCCUUUAAGGAAGCUGCUAGUAAACGUUUUAUUUGCAAACCAAUGACGCUUAAAGAUGUUUGUGAUAACAGUUUGAUGACAAAUGAUGGUAAAAUUUUGUCUCCAACAAAUAGAACACCUUUAAAUAUAUUAGAGGCAAUAUCUCUAGGUGUACUCGACAGUGAUAAUAUAAAAUGCGUCACCGACACAACGACCGGACAGUUGUUAACACUAUCCGAAGCCUUGGGUGCUAGAAUUAUUCUGCCUGAUAAUAAGUUUCGUGACAAUUUAACAGGAGAAAUUUGCACCAUUCCUGAAGCAGUAGAUCGAGGUCUUAUAACGUCUGUAUCUCAAAGAUCAAUAUUUGAUAUCGAUGGUUUUAGAGAUCCUAAAACAGGUGAAUUUGUAUCUUUCAAUACAGCUUUAAAUAAGGGUAAUUUAAAAUAUGUAAACGGUGAAACUUUCCUAAAAUCUGAAAGUGGUGACUUUGUGUUUUUAGAAGAUUGCCCGAAGGUAUCCAUUGUUCGGCCUGAGGUAUUAGAAAUGUUUAAUCGUAAAAUAGGUGUUUUCGAGAAGGACAAAGAGUUAACUGUCUUAGAUGCUGUGUUUAAAAAUAUUCUUGAUUCAAAAACAGGAUAUCUUCUUGAUUCUGCGACUAAAAAACCAAUUCCGUUUAAUAAGGCUGUUGAAAUGAAUAUUAUAACUCCAGAGGGUGCAGCUUUAUUAAACUCUUUAUUAAAUAUAACUCUUACUCUCCAAACCGUCACCAAAACUGUAAAAAGGUAUGUUACUGUCACUAAUACCAAUACUUCCCGUACGUCUGAAACUAUUAUUACAUUUGCUGAAGCAAUUCGACGUGGUCUUAUAGAUGAGAAUACGCAAACUUUUACGGAUCCAACAACAGGCACUGUGUUCCCAAUCCAACAAGCCUUAGACGAAGGUUUACUAGGGGUCGAUCAAAAUGAACCACGAAUUGUUAGACUUUCAGAUCGCGUUUCAAAGAAAGACUUAGUUCCUGGCCAAGUAGUAGAGUUAAAGAUUACUAAAAAGUCUUUUAUAAAAGAUAUGCCACCUAGUCCUGAAAGUAAACUACAACAUGAUAAUAGACCUGAAACUGUCAAAAGUCCUGAUUAUACUACAAUCCAUGAGUCCAUUCAGCCCCGCGAAGAAGUAACCCGCGAAAUAAGGACUGUAACGUUAACAUCGGUCAACUCAGAUCCGUCUGUAACUUCUCACACUAUAAAGAAAAAUACUAUAGAAUUACCAAGUGGUGGUUGGACAUUAAAAGAAUCUAUACAACAAAAUUUGUUUAAUGCAGAUACCGGUAUAUUUACUAUUCCCGGUACUGAUAGGUUACUAGAUUUACAAGAAGCGGUUAAGCUUAAUAUCAUUAACUCUGAGUCAGCUACGGUAGUAGAUCCAAAAUCUAAAAAAGACAUUUCCUUACAGAAAGCCUUAGCUUUACAUGUUAUAGAUAGUACAGGUCAUUAUAAACAUAGUAGCGGUAUAUUAACCAUGAAAGAAGCUAUUGAACGAAAGUUUGUUAAAUUUGUUCUACUGUUGACAAAUAUGUCUAGCCAAAAAGUCAUUACAAUAACGUCUAUUGCGGGAAUGCCCGAUAAAAUGGAAAUUUCAGAACUACAACAUACGCCUACGCCUACUGAACAGACUGAUGAACAAACUAUAUUAGAACCUGUCCAAAUAGCUCCUGGUAUAAUUUAUGACCCAGCUACAGCAUUAGUCAUAUCUACUACAUCAGGCAUUUCGGAAAAUAUCAUCGAAGCGAUUAGUCGUGGUGUAGUUCCGAAUAGUACUGUCCAUGUAAUUGAGCCAACGACUGGGAAACCUAUUACAUAUAAGCAAGCUUUAGAAAAGGGCAUUGUAGAUAAAAAAACCGGUGAGUAUAAAGAUCAAACUGGGAAAAAAAUAAACCUUACAGAUGCUGCCAAAGUGGGCCUUAUAGCAGUAAUAGGAACACCAUUAGUAGCAGCUUCUAAAGUCAUUCAAGUAGUUAGAAAUACAAUGGUUAUAGACCCAAGUACAGGCGAAGAACUGCCUUUAGAAGUGGCAUACGAGAGAGGUCUCGUUGACCCAAUAACUUACAAAAAUUAUGAAGAUUCUGUCACUGAUAAAUCUUUAGACAUUAAUACAGAUGAAUUACUGAAAACACAAACGACAUCAAGAGCUGUAACUGUUUCAAAAAUGGAAUCUGCAGUUCAUGAUCCCGGAACUGACAAAAAAUUGGCAAAAAUUAAUAAAGAUGACCUUACAAAACCUUUUGUGUCUAAAAAUCUUAAAGAAUCUGUUGUCGGCGUACCUGAAUCUAAUAUUGUUCAACAAACCCAUGAACUUAGUACGCCUGGUUCAAGUAAGGCAUCUAUUUCACAAACUUCCACUAAACCUCUUUCGGUUGAAGCGGCAGUAUCUGAAGGGUUUAUAACUGUCGAAUCAAUACAAAACAGUCUUUCAGCUGACAAUAGAAAAGUAGAAAAGAAUUUUACUUCCAUAAAUAAAAAAGAAUAUCCUUCAGAUGUUAUACAAAUAUCUAAAAACCAAAUUCCCAACAAAUCUAAAUACAGUAGACGUUUAAAAGAUCAUGAUAUAGAAUUUUCUUCAAUUGAAUCCAAACCCAUAGUUUUGCAAAAGCUUAGAAAACGAGUUGUCAUGCCCAUAGAGGCGGUGGAAAUGGGCUUAAUUGACAAAGAUACAGCUAAUAUCCUAGAAAGUGUUAAAACUUAUAAAGAUGAAAAAGGAUUACCUAUUACUCUUGAAAAAGCUAUCGAGUUGGGUUUUAUUGACGAAAGUAAAGGCAAAAUCGUAGAUCCAAUACAUGGGGAUGUUAUUUCAAUAAAGGAGGCUAUUAAACGAGGCAUUUUAGACGGUGAUGGCCAAAAUGAAGUAUUAAUACCGGUAGCAAGAAGUUUAACAAUAUCUGAAGUUUUAGAACAAGGUUUAUUACAUCCAACUACGGGAAAAAUAAUACAUCCUGAGACAGGAAAUCAUUUAUCUAUAAGAGAAGCUAUGAUCUGUGACAUAGUUGAUCCUUUAUCAAUCGUUGUUGUGGCACCUGGACAACACAUAAGCCUCUCUGAUGCUAUUGCAAGAAACAUAAUUGAUAGUGAGAAAAACAUGGUAAAAACGAGUGACGGUACAAUUGAUUUAGUUUCUGCUGUCAAUGCUCAGAUAUUUCCAGAUAGAAAAUCGACUUUUAUUGACAACGUACCAUUAGCUGGCAUGACUUUAGCAAUGGCGAUAAAACAGAACAUAAUAGAUCCCAAUACAGGUGAUAUUAAGCAUCCUCUUACAGGUGAAAUCGUGCCCUUAAGUGAAGCUAUAGAUAAAGGUAUAAUAAUGAACAUUCCUUUUCCACAAUCUUCAUCCACUAUACCAAUACACAAAGCAGUAAACGACGGCAUCCUUGAUCUCAGAAAAGGUACGUUCACUGAUCCAAAAACGCAGGAAAUAAUUACUAUUGAUAAUGCUAUAGAACAAGGUUUACUUUCAAUAAAACCCAACAAGAUGUCAGAUUCAGGUGGAAUAGUAACUACUAUCACGGAAACUUUCACAUCGCAACAUACUGUAACAACUAAAAUGGUAGAACUCCUAUCAGAUUAUGUUUUAGUUAAUGCGAAUGAAGUACAAAACUCAAAAACAGGUGAGAUCAUUUCAAUUGAUGAAGCGAGACUUAAAGGUAUUAUAAAAGACGAACACACUAGCAAAGAACAAUUUUUAACGAGUGACACAAAUAUCAGUUUUGACGAUGCAUUAAAGUUAGGUUAUAUUGAUAUCGAACGGGGUACUUUUACUAAUCCGAGUACAGGAGAAGUAUUGUCAAUUUCUGAAGCAGUAAACAGUGGUCUUAUUAACACUGAAGUUUCUACGGAAAAAGUCACAUCUCCAGUUAAUGAUAAAAAUUUAGAAAUGCUUGAUCUCAAUGAAGCUUUUGAGUUACUUUUUGAUGAUAAGACUCAGAAAUUUAGAGAUCCAAAGUCACCUAAUAAAGUGAUAACAUUUGAAGAAGCACUCAAAAAGAACAUAAUUGAUCCUAAUUCGAUGAUAUACAAUUUACGGGCUGGUAAACCAAUAACAUUAAAAGAGGCCCUCAAUAUUGGAUUGAUUGACACAAAAUCUGGGAAAAUUAAAGAACCUAAUACUGGUAAGUCAUUCGAUAUUAAGAAAGCGGCUAAAAUUGGUCUAGUAGCAAUUGUUGCAGCACCUGUUUUGGCAGGAAUGGCAGUAGUACAAGGUGCUAAAAAUAUAUCUUCCAAAAUAAACUCUGGGCGAAACGAGGCCGCAUCUGAAACAUUAGAUGUACCUCCGAAAAAGGACCAUGUAAGUAAAAUAGAAGACUUGAAGAAAGUGACUCAUCAAGCUAUGGAAGUUCAAAGUAUCGAAGGAGUUUUUGAUGAUAAUACCAAUAUCAAUUUAGCCAAAGAUUUAAACAUAAAUUCUGGAUUAUCGUCGACUAAUAUUAUAGAUUCAAAUAUAUGCCAAAUAUCUAAUAUUUCACAAGAAUCUACAAAAGAGCAAAAUAUAUAUACACGUGAUGAAAUGAAUGAUGACAUUGUAAAUAAAAGAACCCCAGAAAAAAAUAAACAGACUUCAAGUAAGGAGUCUAAUUUGGAUACAUCUGAUAUAAAAUCUAUUAAACCUGUUUCCUCGGAGACAUCAAUAAAAUCAGGACAUGAAAAACAAACAGAGAAUAUAGAGUAUAUCGCUACUGAAGGUGACUUUGAUAGAGAAAAAAUACAGGAAACGCCCGACAAACAUUUAAAUAAAAUAUUAGUAACAAACCAAAGAAAUGAUCCGGCAGAUUCAGAAGACAGUCCUAUGAUUGAUAAUUCCGCAAAAACGGUUGAAACUGGUAAUGAACAAAAACUAGUAUCAGGCAAUGCUUCUAUAGCAAAUUUUGAAACAAUUAAUAAAGAUCUGCCUAAACGAGUUGCUACAGACAGUUCGAAUCAAGCAGAAAUUCAUGAAACGACAACUGGAAUCAAAGAAUUCCAUAAAGUUACCCCAGAAGGACAAGAAAUAACUACGGUAGUAAAAACGGUAAUUUCUAAAACAGAACCCACUGAAUACAUUACAGAACAAACAAGUACAAUUAUUACAACAAAGGCAUCACAAGUUACAACAAUUGAAGUUACCCAAAACACUUCAACAAGUUAUAAUGUUGCUGACGUUUAUGAAACACACGAACAUAGCAAACAAUCUAGCUCUGUACAAUAUGCAGAUCAAGUCGAUAAAAGUAUUACUAUAAUAGACGAUUCUGUAUCAUCUCCAGAAAAUAUAUGUACAGGAUUAAUAGAAACAAAGCAACCUUCACAAAGCGAAGAUAUUAAGGUUUUGAAAAAUGACGAUGAAAAUAUACAAGUUUCAAAACAAAUUGAAUCAAAAGACUCCGUACGAGAAGGGAUUGACCGUGGUAAUGACAUUCUUACAACUAUUACCAAAGAAACUAUAACCCCUGAAUCAGUAGUUGUUAAUGAUCCAAAAUCAGGAAAACAAAUUUCACUAAAGGAUGCUAUAAACAAAGGAAUAGUCAACAAGAAUACUUUAGAAGUCGAAGACAAAAGUGGUAAUAAAAUAAGUCUAACUGAUGCUACAAAAAUAGGUUUAGUUGCAAUUGUAGGUGCUCCAAUUUUAGCAGUGUCGAAAGUUGUAGAAUUAGUCAAAAAAUCUGUAACUGAUACGGAUAAUAAAAAGAUAGAUCCACAGAUAAUGCAAACGAGAAAUACACCUAUAAUAUCAGCUCUCCGUACGAGCGAUGAAAUGACACACACCCGAGAAAGAGAACUACUUAAAUACCCAGAAAGCAUAGCAAGCCCAACAGAUGACAGUGGCUUAACUCAUCAGAAACCCAUUAAAUUACUUGAUUCGACUGUAGUAGAUACAGUCCCAACUGAUGAUGGUAAAACUAUAUCCGCAUUGCUAAUUGACGCUGAAAAGCAGCCAUUACGCAUAAUUGAUGAAAUUACAGAACAAAAUGUAACUAAAGUUAAAUCUGAACCUCACAAAGUACUUUUCGAAAAUCUAACCUUAAUUGAUGCAAUAGCACAGGGUAUAAUUGAACCUAAAGUUUGUCGAAUAAUAAUCAACGGCGUAGAAAGUCCUCUAACGGUUCAAGACUCUUUAGAACAAGAACAGAUUAGUAGAUUUACUGCUGUCGAUGUCAUCUCUAAAAACUGUGUCAUGGUGAGAGAAAGUAAACCUCAAUACUGUUUAUCAAUUUCUCAGAAAUUAACUCCAGAAGAACUGUCUCAAAUGGGAGUAUAUGAUAUUGAAAAACGAAUAUUUUUGAAUCCUAAAACUGGAGCUAAGAUUUCUUUCGAAGAACUCGUAUAUGGACUUAAGAUUUUUGAUCCUUCUUGUAUUUUAGUAAAAGAUUUAGUCAGCAAAUCUGACAGUUACAUACCCUUUAAUGAAGCUAUGUCGCGGCCUAUUAUUGACAAAGCUACUGGCCACAUGGUAAAUCCAAAAACAGGAAAACGUGUAUCAUUUUUGGAAUGUGUACAAAUCGGGUGGAUAGUUGAAACUCCGGAAGAUACUUUAAUUACAGAACAGACAACUGUAGAAUCUGCUAUUGAAAAAGGUCUUUAUAAUCCUAAAACAGCUGAAAUUAAAGUUGAAAAUACAGGUGAACUAGUCCCUAUCGGUGAAGCUGUUCAAAAAGGUCUUAUUGACCAUGAAUCGUUACUCAUUAAAAUUCCAAUGACAAAUGAAGUAAUUACUUUAUCUGACGCUGUUGAAAGUGGUAUCGUUGAAAUACGCGAGGGAUUUAUCAUAAUAGUUGAGACACAAGAAGUGAUUGAAAUUACCGUUGCUGUCAAACGAGGUUUAAUAACUAUUGCGCGUAGACCGAUAUCUAUAGAAGCAAUUAUUAAUAAAAAUAUGUACGAAUCAACAUCUGGAAGGAUCAAGGAUAGUGUUACUGACCAAUUAUUACCUAUUGAUGAUGCAGUAGAUAAAAAUAUUGUACAUCCAACAAUAUCUGAAGUAAAAGACACGGAAUCAGAAAAAUAUGUAACUCUGCUCGAAGCGCUUAACACAAAACUCAUAAACCCUGACACGGGUAAAUUGAAAGAUAAAAAGACUGGUAAAGACAUUCCAUUAGACGAUGCUUUGAAAAAAGGUCUUAUAGCUACUAAAACAGUUUCAUUUUCGCUUUAUGACAUUAUAGAGCUAGGGUACUAUUCUCCUGAAACAUGUAAAAUAUUGAACCCUAGAACUGGUGAAACUAUUACUCUACGUAAAGCAAUUGAAGAAAAGUUAAUUGAUCCCACAGAUAUUAAAAUAAAGGAUGAUAAGUCGGAGUUAGUUGUUUCUUUCGAACAGGCAGUGAAGUCUGGUUUAAUUGAUUUAGAUCACGGUAUUAUUACAUCACCUUCAGUUAACCUUAAAGACGCUUGUGAAAAGGGUUAUUUGUUAAGCGACGUAAAGCCUUGGUCUUUACAAGAAGGAUUAGUUCAAGGGUUUUAUGAUCCUGAAACUGGUUUGUUAACAAUAAAUAGCGCUACUAUGACGCUAGACGAUGCAAUCAGGGUGGGUAAUAUUAAUCCAGAAGUAUUGACAGUUAGAAAUUCUGGUUCUGGCGAAAUUAUUUCUUUAGCUGAUGCAAUUAAGGCAGGUAUUAUAGACUCGAAAGAAGGAAAAGUAAAAGAUCCAAUACAAGGUGACAAAAUUUCACUUACAGAUGCUUCAGAGCGAGGUUUAAUUCUACCUGCUAAACGUAAACUUAGUUUACCAGAAGCCGUUUACAAAGGAUUCUAUGAUCCAAAAACUGGAAAGUUCUCAAAUCCUCAAAACAAAGAUAAAAUGCAAACUGAUAGAGCCAUUAGGAAACGUUUGUUAGAUCCACAGUCAACGUUAGUACAUGUUGGAGGUAAAGUUAUUCCAUUUGAAUUUGCGGUUGAUAAGGGUAUUGUAGAUGGUAGAACAGGUACUAUUUUAUUAGGCGAUGAACGGGUAGAUUUUCGUGAGGCGUUUGAACGUGGCAUAUUAGUAGAAGUACGAAAACCUUUGUCACUUAUGGAAGCAAUUGAAAAAGGUGUAUAUAAUGAAAUAACGGGACUUUUUAUGGACCCCAAAAGCGGUAAAAAAUACACUUUAGCUGAUGCUAUUAAGAAAAAUUUGAUCGAUCCUCAUUCUGUACAUAUUCAAGACAAUAGAUUAGGUAAAUGGGAUAAGAUAACUCUAUCAGAGUCUAUAGAAACAGGUGUUAUUGAUGAUAAAUCAGGCAAAAUUAGAAAUAUAAACAGUGAUAAUGAAGAAAUAAACCUUGCUAAAGCUUUUGAAAUAGGUUUGCUUGUAGAUAGUAAAGCUCCUAUAAGUUUACAAAGAGCGCUUCAUCAAGGCCUCUAUGAUGACGUUACUGGAAAAUUUAUAGAUCCAAUAACAACGCGUAAAAUUACUUUGCAUGAAGCUAUAAGACGGUCCAUUAUAAGCCCGAAAUAUCUUUGUUAUUUUGAUAAAAAAUCUGAAAAACCCUUAACCUUGUCAGAUUGCUGUCGAAGUGAAAUAAUUGAUAAAAGAAACGGUAAAUUUAGUGAACCUGGUUCGGAAGUUAAAGUGCCUUUAUCAGAGGCAAUGAGUUUAGGUCUUAUUGUAGACAUUGAAAGUGCUGGGUUCUCUCUUUAUGAAACCUUAGCCAUGAACAUGUACAAUAUUACUGAACAUGCGUUUAUACAUCCCGUCACAGAAAGAAAAAUUACACUAAAAGCCUCAAUUUUUGAAGAUUUUGUUAAUCCAGAGACGUCUAUUGUGAAAAAUAUCCCUUCUAGUAAAUAUAUUAAACUUAUGGAAGCUAUAAAUACGGGAAUCAUCGAUGAAAAUGAAAGUGUGUAUGUCCUUCCUAAUGGAAGUCACAUUAAUUUAUUUGAUGCAAAGAACCGUGGCUUAAUAGUAACUUCAAAGAAAAAUCUUAGUCUGGAGGAAAUAAUAAAAAAUGGUCUUUUCAGAGCUGAUAAUGGCAAAAUAGUAGAUCCUAACACUAAUGAAUUUAUAGAUAUCAAAAAGGCGAUCGAGUCUAAUCUUAUUAAUCCUGAGCACACAAUUGUCAAAGACAGUUCCACAGGUAAAUUUAAACCAUUGUUAAAUGCAAUACAAGAAGGUGAUGUCGAUGUCACAAAAGGUAGGGUAUUAGAUACUAAAGCGAAGAAAACAUAUAGUUUAGAUAUUGCAUUUGACAAAGGUUUGCUUGUCACCGUUGUACAACCAAUAACGUCACAAACGAUCACUAGGCGAUAUGUUUCCGAGGUAUCGGCGCCUAAAGAACCAGUAUUACGAGAGUUUACAUUAGAUGAAGCGAUAAAAUACGAAUUUAUUAACCCAGAUACUGCCCUAAUUAAAGAUCCUCAUAAAAAUAAGUAUGUUCCACUGAACUUAGCUAUUACCGAAGGUAUUAUUGACAAUAACGCUAAAGGAUUAUUUGAUACUCAAAGUAGUGGUUCACGAAUGCUUUGUUUUGUUUUUGAAAACGGUCUUAUUGUUUAUGUUCGAGAACCAUUGACUUUUGAGCAAGCUAUUGAAAACGGUCAUCUCAACAUAAGUACUGCUCGAUUUACUGAUCCAGAAUCCAACGAAGUGCUUACUAUUAAAGACGCGGCUUCUUUAGGUUAUAUUGACCCAGACACAGCGCUUAUUAAAGAUAAUCUUAAAAAGAGGCUUGUUAAACUUCCUGAAGCUUUCCGAAAAGGGUUGAUGGACGCUGAAAAGGGUAAUAUUUUAGAUACAGAAACCUCGAAACUGAACACUCUUAGCGCAGCUAUAGAAUCUGGGCUGCUUAUGACGCCCAAAAAGAGUUUUACCCUCAUUGAAACGUUGAACUUUGGUAUUUAUAACCCAACUACGGGUGCAUUAAACGAUCCCUUCAUAACCACAAGUGUCAUAGACCGAAAAAGAUUAACUUUAGGUGAAGCAAUCCAACAGGGUAUAGUUGAUCCGUCUAGUACUGUUGUUAAGGAACCAGAAACUGGAAAAAUAUGGUCAUUGGUACAAGCAAUAGAACAACAGCUUGUCAACCCCAUUGAAGGGAGAAUAGUUAUUGACCCCAAGAAAGGAAUCAGUCUCGAUUUGGUCAAAGCUCUUAAAAAGGGAUAUUUGCUGCCAGCAGAAACAAGGCAAGCAGUUGAAGAGAAAUACAGGCUUUGCGAUGAGACUCUUUCGAAAUUAUUGGAAUGGAUAGCGGUUGUUGAAGAAAGAUUAGCGAACCAGGAAGCCGUGAAAGAAGACAUGGACGAACUCCGCAAUCAGAUCAACAUACUCAAGCUCAUUAAAGACGAUCUUGAAAGUCACCAACGUCAAGUCUCCGCGUGUGCGGAUCAAGCCAAACAACUCCUUGUCUCCGGCGGCGAUGUGCUGGCACCUCAUGAAGUUGCAGCACUAGAACGUGGAGUGAGACAGCUUAAACAACGCUGUGAUAAAUGUUCUGACAAAUGUGAUAGGAUGCUUCGGCGUCUAAUCGCAGCUAGAGACGAACUCGCCAAAUUCACGAACGAAUUAAACACAUUCAACUCAUGGAUGGAGAGUGCGUACCGUACGCUGGAAGACAAGGAGGUUGCGUUGUCCAAACUGGACAACUUGAGCGGUCAGAGUGAAAUCGUGCGCGAAUUCGUGUCAGACGUGAUUGCGCACCAGGCCGACCUGCGGUUCAUCACGAUGUCGGCACAGAAGUUCGUCGAUGAAAGCAAAGAAUUUCUAACACAACUCAAUGAUUAUCGCACCACGUUGCCCGCGCGUCUGUCGCACGUGUCGGCCCCAGUGGACAGCAUUGUCAGGGAGCACGCAGCUCUGGCCAGAAGGAGACACUCGGACUUGGCCAACAGAGCUCAACGACUGCUGGACAGACUGAGGACCGCCAGUGACGGAUCUGCGCGAUACAGGGACGCGGUGCAGAGAGCCCAGAGGUGGAUGCAGACGGUGGAGCCGCAAGUGCGUGCAGUGCUCACGGAGGCGGUGGGCGGCGAGCCUCGAGCCGUGGAGACGCAACUGUCGCGGGCUAAGGCGUUACACAACGAAAUACUGUCUCAGGGACGGCUGAUUGACAACGCUAAAGAUGCAUGCGACCAACUGGUAAAAUCUCUAGAAAGCAACCUCACACCAUCCGAGAUCAGACAACUAGAGGUACCUGUGAUAGAGGUCACGGAGAGGUACAACGAGCUGAGCGACGCGGUCGGCUCCCGGUGCUCUGAGCUCGAGGCCGCUUUGCUGCAGUGCCAGGGUCUGCAGGACGCUGCGGAGACACAGGCGCAGUGGUUGACUGGAGUGGAGAAUACCUUCAAGGGUCAAGUGAAACCAGUAUCCCUGAUACGCGAACGGCUCGACGAACAAGUCCGCGAGCAAAGACUCAACCACUCGGAGAUAGAAGCUCGCCGCCCGACGCUGAACAAACUCUUGUCCUCUGCCCGCGACGCCGCGCUAACGCCGUCCAACGCUAGGAUUGCGAAGAAGUUGGAGCAAAGGGCUGAAGAUAUUUAUGCGAGAUACGAGAAACUACUGGAGCGUUCGUUCAAACGCGGUCAAUUCAUAGAGGAAGUGUCGAUAGAGUUGAUGCAGUUCACGCAGCAGGCCACCGCAUUAGAGUCCGCGCACUCUCAACUGGCCGAACUAGCGGAUGCGCGUGACGACCGCCACCGCCUGGCCGACCUGGCCAGUGCACGCGACAAGCAGAUGCCUCUGUUGGACGAGUGUCUGCGCAAUGGCAAACAACUCAUCGCCAAGAAAGAUGUCACCGACACCCAUGUAGUGCGUGACAGGAUGAAGGCCUUGGAGAACCAGUGGCGUGACUUCAAUGUGUCAUUAGAAGAAAAGCAGAAACUAUCUCAGCAAAGGGCCAACCAGCUCAAUCAAUACGAAUCAUUGAGGAUUCAGGUCCUAGAAUGGCUUCAAGCAAUGGAAAACCGUGUUGGACAUUUACGUCCAGUCGCCGUAGACUUGGAUAUCAUCAAACAGCAGCAAGAUGAGCUGAGACCACUCGCGAAGGAGUAUCGAGACUUCUCCGUCAAUAUUGACAAGGUGAACGAAGCGGGCGCUGCUUACGAGGCCCUGACACGCGGCGAGCGCGCCGACAGUCCGCAUCGGAAGAGGCAACUCUACAGCCCCACCAAACGACAGACACCCAGUCGCGUGGAAGGUCGCUCGCCAUCGCCGGGCAAGGCGCGCGGCUUGGUGAGCCCCGCCUCCGCGCACUCUGCCUCUUCGGGCUUCUCUUCGCGCCGCUCCAGUCAGGAUGGCUUCCAUCUUGAAGAACUAUCCCCAGUGCAGCAGCAAAUAUCGGAAAUCAACAACAGAUACGAACUUCUGGGGACCAAAUUAGCGGACCGACAAUCUGAAUUGGAUUCUGUGAGGGAAGAGGUCAGGAAGCAUCUCGAUAGCCUCCGUGCCCUCAACACUUUCCUGGACAAGGUCCAAAGGCAACUUCCCAAGGAGUCUGUUCCCAACACUAAAGAAGAAGCCGACAAGACCAUCAAACAAGCGCGCGCUGUUCUCGAGGAAAUGUACGAAAAGCAGAGCAUUUUGGAUUCCACUAAGACGCAGGUCCGUGAACUGUUACGUCGUAAGCAAGCGGUGGAAGGCGCGGAUCACUUGCACGACGAGUGUGAGGAGGUCGCCGCACGGUGGAAAGCUCUUCACGACGCUUUCAAAGACAAGAUCCGUGUCAUGGAGGAAAUGAAGGACUUCCACGACACGCACGCGUCCCUGUCGCAGUGGCUGGGCUCGAAGGAGCGAAUGAUGGCGGCGCUCGGACCCAUCUCCUCGGACUCGCGCGUUGUGCAGACACAAGUGCAGCAGGUCCAAGUACUCCGGGAGGAGUUCCGCAGUCAGCAGCCCCAGCUGGUGCAUCUAGAAGAGGUGGCUCACACCGUACUCCAGAGACUGCCGGCAGAUGAUCCCGAGGCCAACAAGUUGCGCCAAAAACUGCAAGUGCUGCAGGACCGCUGGAACGAUCUUCUCAACAAAUUGGAGCAUCGUGCGGAAAGUCUGGGCGCCGCCGCCGACACGUCCCGCGAACUCGACGCCGGCCUCACCAGGCUGAGGAACGCUUUGCACGCCAUAUCCGACAAACUGGACGACGUGUCGUCGCAGCGCGAACCCGCCGACCAGUUGCGGGAAGUUGAGAACUUGGAACGCCAACUAGAAGGCCAACGUCCACUGCUCGCGGACCUAGAAGCAGCUGGCGCGGCGCUGGCCGACGUGCUGGCAGAUGCGGGCGCGAGACAGGAUAUUCAGGGCAAGCUGGCUGCAGCGGCCAGACAGUAUGACGCCUUGCAGCGCAAACUGGACCAUAGGAAGGCGGAGAUUGAAGCUGCACUCAAGGACGGGCGUAACCUGGAAGAGAGCGUGUCCCGCACUCUGGGCUGGCUGCAGUCAGAGCUGACGUCACUGCCGGGCAGACUGCAGGUGUCCGCAGAUAAGAACAAGCUACAGCAGCAGGUCGCCAAGCACGAACCGCUGUACCGAGACCUCACGCAGCGAGAGCACGAGAUCAUCAUGCUGCUUGACAAAGGUCGUGAAAUGGAAAAGAAGCCAGCGUAUAGCGGCCUGCGCAAAGACCUGGACAGGAUCCAGACCCAAUGGGAGAAACUCAAGCGAGAAACUGUGGACAGACAAACUAGACUGCAAACUGCUAUGGAACACUGUCGUAAAUACAACAAAGCGCAAGAGUCCUUCCUACCCUGGUUGUCCGACGCUGAAGACAGACUGGCCAAACUGCCGCCUGUAGCUUUCACUAAGAAAGAUGUUGAGAAACAACUUCGUGAAUUGCAACAGAUAAGAAAUGACGUUUGGAAGAGAUCUGGUGAAUACGAGAACAACAGGACGUUAGGUGAAACUUUCAUCUCGGCGUGCGACGUGGACCAGGACAUCGUUAGGAAACAACUUGAUUUCAUGAAGGAGAGAUGGGACAGGAUUAACAACGAAGUACUGCAACAAGUGGAAUACCUAGAGUCGACGGCGCGCAAACUCGGGGAGUUCCUCGACAAGGUCCGCGCGGUAGAAGCGCCCUUGGUCAGAUGUGAGGAGAAGUUGGAAGCUGCUUUGGUGGCACCACCGGCCGCCGCUAGGGAGGCUGUUGCGCGAUUGGUUGAUCACGUCCAGGCUUUGAGAGCACCGCUGCAGAGCGUCAACAUCGCAGCGGAUGAUAUCGUUGCACUAGCGAUCGAAUUCGGCGGUCCGGAAGCCGGCAACCGAGCCAGACCCGUGCUGGAGGAGACGGCCAGAGCCCUUGCCGAACGUCUGCAAGAUCUGGAAGCCAAGACCGAAGACGCGAGGGAACGAUUGGCUGGCGCAGCUGCUGCUUUCUUACAAUUCCAGGACAAAGUGAAGAGUGUAUCCCACGAUCUUACCGACUUAGAAAAGGAGUUGGAAGGCAUGAAGUCGCCCGGACGUGAGAUAAAGACUGUGAAGGCUCAGUUGGAUGACCUUGGUCGCUUCUACAAGAGGUUGGAGCAAGCUGAUGAUCUGGUUGCGGAUUCUGAGAGAGCUGCAGAGAACUUGGUCGACAGCGGUUACGCUGACUCCGCUAAGGCCAGAGACCAGGUGGAAGGUAUCCGCAAACAGUUGGCCAAACUGGACGAAAGAGCCCGCUCCAAAGAGCAAGACCUGGACGAUACGCUUAGCAAGCUGGAGGCCUUCUACAAGGCCUACGAUUCCGUAAUGGACGAUGUUGAUGAGGCAUCAGAACAAGUAAGAAGCUUGAAGCCAGUGUCUUCCGAGGUGGAACAAAUUCGCGCUCAACAGAAGGACUUCGCGGACUUCAAACAGAGGACCCUUGAGCCUCUGGGCGUCAACGUGUCCCAUUGUAACAAGAUCGGGCAGGGUCUGGUUCGCUCCGCCUUACAGGGAGUCUCCACUCAACAGCUGGAGAAGGAUCUGGAGAAGAUGAACGACCGCUGGAAUGCUCUUAAAGAUAAGAUGAACGAACGUGAACGUCGUUUGGAUGUUGGACUUCUCCAAUCGGGCAAGUUCGCUGAAGCGUUGGCCGGACUCGAGAAAUGGCUGGCAGACACUGAAGACAUGGUCAACAACCAGAAACCACCUUCUGCUGACUAUAAGGUGGUGAAAGCGCAGCUACAGGAACAGAAGUUCCUCAAGAAAAUGUUGAUGGACCGCCAAAACUCGAUGUCAUCGCUGUUCGCAAUGGGCAACGAGGUAGCGACCGGCUGUGACACCGCUGAACGGAAAUCCAUAGAGAAACAACUCAAAGGCCUGAUGCAGAGAUUCGAUGCACUGACUCAAGGCGCCCAGCAGAGAAUGCUGGACUUGGAACAGGCCAUGAAAGUGGCGAAACUGUUCCAAGAACAGCUGCAACCUCUCGUAGAAUGGUUGGGAGUGACAGAACGCAAGCUGAAGUCUUUGGAACUUGUGCCAACUGAUGAAGAAAAGAUCCAACAGAAGAUUCGAGAGCAUAAGCUCCUCCAUGAUGAUGUUCUAAGCAAGCAACCUCCGUUCAAACAACUGACGGAGACCGCCUCGCAGCUUAUGAGUCUCGUUGGAGACGACGAGGCCACCACUCUAGCCGACCGACUUCAAGCUGCGACUGAUAGGUAUCAAGCACUAGUAGAUCACAGUCUCAACAUCGGUGAGCUUCUGGACAACUCACGCAAGGGCCUCCGACACUUGGUGCUGACAUACCAAGACUUGUCCGCGUGGAUGGACAGCAUGGAGCAGUACUUAGCCAAGAGGAAGAUUCUCCCUGUACACAUGGAGAAGUUACUGCGACAAAUGGAUGAAUUGGCCGAAAAAACUGAAGAGAUUGCCGCAAAACAAGAAGCGGUGGACAGCACAGUGGAGUCCGGCCUCGAACUGAUGAGACACAUCUCCGGAGAUGAGGCGCUUCAGCUGAAAGAUAAAUUAGAUGCGUUACAAAGGAGAUACAACGAACUCACUUCUCGUGGUGCUGACCUGCUCAGGAUUGCCUCUGAGACCCUUCCGUUGGUGCAACAGCUGUACAACAGUCAUAACAAAUUAACAGAAUGGAUGUCGAGCGCCGAAACAUGUCUACAGUCUGUGGAGCCGCGGGAAGAAGAUAUCUUGAGAUUAGAAGCAGAGUUGCAGGAGUUCCGACCUCUGCUGGAUAACAUUAACCAAGUUGGCCCACAACUAUGUCAGAUAUCUCCGGGUGAGGGAGCAACACACGUAGAGGGAAUGGUAACGCGUGACAACCGACGCUUCGACGCGAUCGCCGAACAAGUUCAACGCAAGGCAGAGAGAUUGCUGCUCAGCAAGAAGCGUUCGUUGGAAGUUGUCGGUGAUAUGGAAGAACUUGUGGAAUGGCUCAGAGCAAUCGAUGCUCAGCUCCGAGCGGCCGAACCGCCAGCGUGUGAGGCGUCCGCUCUGCGCGCUCAGCUCGCUGAGCAACGACCGCUCAGUGAUGACGUGGCCGCUCAGCGAGUGCGCGCGAGGGAUUUGCUCAGUCAAGCUAAAAAGGUACUCCGCGAAUGCCAAUCAUCCGACGAAGCGGCAGUGAUUCGCGAAAGAAGCGAAGAAUUGAAGGAGAUGAUGGAGGAAGUGGGACAACUGAGUGCAGCGCGGUUAGCGGCGUUAGAGCAGGCUCUGCCGUUGGCGGAACAUUUUGCCGACACGCACAAUGGGUUGUCUGCAUGGCUGGAUGAGAUGGAGAAGGCGGUGAGCGCUCUAGCUCUGCCCGCUCUGCGUCCAGACCAUAUCGCACAACAGCAGGACAAGAAUGAGAUGCUCCAACAAUCUAUCGCCGGUCACAAACCACUCGUGGACAAGCUGAUCAAGACCGGAGAGGCGCUCUCAAAGCUGUGCGGUGAUGAUGACGCCGCUAAAGUUCAGGACAUCGUGGAAAACGACUGCGACCGAUACAACGCGCUCCGAGCUGAACUCAGGCAGAGACAGCAAGAGCUCGAACAGGCGUUGCAAGAGUCGGCAGUGUUCGCGGAGAGGCUGGAGGGCAUGGUGCGCGCGCUGUCGGGCGCCGCCGACCAGCUGCAGCGCGCCGAGCCCGUCUCCGCGCAUCCGCACAAGAUACAAGAUCAAAUCGAAGAAAACAACGCGUUAAUCGAAGACCUAGACAAGCGUAAGGAAGCGUACCACGCAGUGCAGCGCGCCGCCAGCGACGUCAUGGCGAAGGCCAACAAGAGCGACCCGGCCGUCAGGGACAUUCGCAACAAGCUGGACAAACUCAACAAAUUAUGGGCAGAAGUCCAGAAAGCGUCCAACGAACGCGGCCAGUCCCUCGACAGCGCGCUGGAAAUGGCGCGCAAGUUCUGGCAGCAGCUGGAGACGGUGAUGGCGGCGCUGGGCGAGCUGGCCGACGCGCUGGCCGCGCAGCCGCCGCCCGCCGCGCAGCCCGCUGCCAUACAGGCGCAGCAGGUGGCCUUGCAGGAGAUCAGGCACGAGAUCGACCAUACCAAACCUGAGGUGGAGAAGGCUCGCAAAACGGGUUCAACCCUCAUGUCGAUUUGCGGUGAACCAGAUAAGCCAGAAGUUAAAAAGCACAUGGAAGACCUAGACAGCGCCUGGGAUAAUAUCACUGCGCUAUACGCGAGGAGGGAGGAGAAUCUCAUAGAUGCCAUGGAGAAAGCAAUGGAAUUCCAUGACACUUUACAGAAUCUACUAGAAUUCCUGGACAAGGCUGAGGAUAAGUUCUCGCGUAUGGGUCCUUUGGGUUCCGAUAUCGAAGCGGUAAAACGUCAGAUCUCGCAACUUGCUACAUUCAAGCAGGAAGUCGAUCCGCAUAUGGUGAAGGUUGAAGCACUCAACAGGCAAGCAGCAGAGCUAACAGAGCGUACGUCAUCGGAGCAAGCGGUGGCAAUCAAGCAGCCGCUGAGUGAAGUGAACGCUCGAUGGGCCGCGUUGUUACGUGGUAUGGUAGAGAGACAACAGCAGUUAGAGAGAGCUCUGUUGCGCCUUGGACAGCUCCAACACGCGUUGAGAGACACCCUCGCUUGGAUCAAGCAUACCAGCGAUACACUCGAUACGUUAACGCCGGUGGCAGGAGACCCUCAAAUCCUAGAAGUUGAGUUGGCUAAGCUCAAAGUAUUGGUCAACGACAUAGCGGCGCAUCAAGCCAGCGUCGACACACUCAACGAAGCAGGCGCUCAAAUUGUGCAGCAGGGUACGGGUUCAGACGAAGCGGGCGAAACAGCCGAAAAGUUGGCCACAUUGAACAGGAAGUGGCGAGAGUUGCAACAAAAGGCCAGAGACCGACAAGCUGAACUGGAGGAUGCCUUGCGAGAGGCUCAGAGUUUCAACGCUGAGAUCGGCGAUCUGCUGUCGUGGUUGUCUGAAGUGGACAGCGUAAUCGCAGCCUCCAAACCAGUGGGCGGCCUUCCAGAAACUGCAACCGAACAACUUGAGAGGUUUAUGGAGGUAUACAAGGAGAUCGAAGCAAACCGACCAAAAGUAGAAGCUGUGCUACAACAAGGUCAAGAGUACAUCAAGAGACAAGACAAACCCAACCCAACGUCUCAACUACAUCUCAACUUGAGGAACUUAAAAUCCAGAUGGGACAAUGUUACAUCCAGGGCCUCCGAUAAGAAGAUUAAGUUAGAAAUAGCUCUGAAGGAAGCGACGGAGUUCCACGACGCACUACAAGCCUUUGUAGACUGGUUAACUAGCGCCGAGAAAACUCUCACCAACGCUAAACCUGUCUCAAGAGUCAUGGAUACAUUGCUCACUCAAGUUGAAGAACACAAGGCAUUCCAGAAAGAGGUUUCCACACACCGUGAAACUAUGCUCCAACUCGACAAAAAGGGAACUCACUUGAAGUACUUCAGCCAAAAGCAGGAUGUCAUCCUCAUCAAGAACUUGCUGGUGUCCGUACAACACAGAUGGGAACGCGUGGUCUCUAAGGCAGCUGAAAGGACCAGAGCGCUAGACCAUGGGCUAAAGGAAGCCAAGGAGUUUAACGACAUGUGGACCAAUCUGAUGAACUGGUUGGGAGAUACGGAGCAGCAACUAGACCAACUCAAUUCUGAAACAACGAUCAACGAUCCCGAUAAAAUAAAGCUCAGAUUAAACAAACACCGGGAGUUCCAAAAAGCGCUUGCAGCCAAACAGCCGGUGUAUGACCAGACCAGCAAAGUUGGCAAACAGCUCAAGGAUAAGGCACCAAAGACUGAUGAGCCGGUGCUUCGAAACAUGCUGACUGAUCUCAAAACCAAGUGGACAACCGUUUGCUCAAAGGCUGUUGACAGGCAACGCAAGUUAGAAGAAGCCCUGCUAUACUCUGGGCAGUUCAAGGACGCGAUGUCUGCUCUCCUCGACUGGCUACAGAAACAAGAGAAAGAACUAAACGCUGACUCCCCCGUACAUGGUGACUUGGACACUGUCAUGGCGCUUAUCGAACAACAUAAGCAAUUCGAGGAGGACUUACACUCGCGCGAACAGCAAAUGCAAUCCGUUAUGAAGACCGGCAAAGAUUUGGAAGCUACUGUACCGCCAGAAGAUGCCACCCUUAUAAGGAAGCAAUGUAGCGAACUGAAGAAAGCGUGGGAUACUGUACAAAGCCUUAGUGAGAAGAAGGCGCACAGACUAGAACUGGCCUUGAAAGAAGCGGAAAGACUACACAAAUCCGUGAACAUGUUACUCGAAUGGCUCUCCGACGCUGAAACCAAGCUCCGGUUCUCCGGGCAACUGCCCGAGGGCGAGCAAGAGACUCAGCAACAGUUGCGCGACCACGAGCGAUUCGCGCGAGAGCUGACUGAGAAGCAGAGGGACAAGGACGACACCAUCGCGCUCGCUCACUCCAUCCUCAGCAAAGCACAUCCCGAUGCGGUCACAGUCAUCAAACACUGGAUCACCAUCAUACAGAGCCGGUGGGAUGAGGUAUGGCAAUGGGCGAUGCAACGCGGUGGAAAGCUGGAAACGCACUUGCAGAGUCUCAAAGAUCUGGACCUUGUUCUGGAGGAGCUAUUGCAAUGGCUCACUGGUCUCGAGACCACUCUUAUCACCUUAGAAGCGGAACCUUUGCCAGAAUCGAUUGAGCUAUUGGAGGGUCUUAUAGAAGAUCACAAAGACUUGAUGGAGCAUACGCAAAAGAGGCAGAACGAGGUCGACCGUGUCUGCAAAGCGUACCAGGUUAAGAGCCAAAGUCAAGGCCGCGAAUCCACACCGCGCAAGGUUUCAGCUAAAACUGCUACCAAAGGAACGCCAAGCCGUGGCUCGCAGCACGACCUUCAUAGGGAGAGAUCAGUGUCGCCUGAUUAUUAUGGCAGUAGACGUUACAGGUCCAGGAUUCACAGUCGAAGUAGGCGAGGAAGUCGCGUGAGUCCCGGCCGAGACUCGCCGGACCGCAAUCUGCCGCAUUACGGGCCACGGUUCCCGCCGAAAGGAAGCAAAGGAGCUGAACCGGAGUUCAGGUCGCCACGAGUGAAACAACUGUGGGACAAAUGGCGUACAGUGUGGCUACUAGCGUGGGAGAGACAGAGACGGCUACACGAGCGUCUUGCGCACUUGAAAGAAUUGCAACGCGUGUCUAACUUCAGCUGGGACGAUUGGAGAAAGCGGUUCCUGAGAUUCAUGAACCACAAGAAGUCUCGCCUGACGGAUCUGUUCCGUAAGAUGGACAAAGACAACAACGGACUCAUAUCCCGGAACGAAUUCAUCGACGGAAUUAUUAACACCAAAUUCGACACAUCCAGAUUGGAAAUGGGCGCAGUGGCUGACUUGUUCGACAGAAACGGUGUCGGCCUUAUUGACUGGGAGGAGUUCAUCGCCGCGCUCAGGCCUGACUGGGUUGAAAAACGUGGUCCGCCGACGGACGCGGAUAAGAUACAUGAUGAAGUGAAACGCCUGGUCAUGCUGUGCACAUGCAGGCAGAAGUUCAGGGUGUUCCAGGUUGGCGAGGGGAAAUACAGGUUUGGGGACUCGCAAAAGUUGCGACUAGUCCGCAUCCUACGCUCCACCGUAAUGGUGCGAGUGGGCGGCGGCUGGGUGGCGCUCGACGAGUUCCUGGUCAAGAACGACCCCUGCAGAGCGGAGGAGUUUAUGGAGCAGCUAAGGCCUAUAUUUGAGGCUCUCAGGCAGCGGGAGGAGCUUCCGUGUUCGUACCCGCUCCACGUGGGUUCAACACAUGGCACAAAGCAAGCUUUCAUUUACGGCCACUCAAGAUCGCAAGGAUCGACGACGCCUGGCGCUCACCACUAUACACAUCACCACGGAUACCAGCCUUCUCCGGGAUACCAUUGGGUACGAGAGCGCACAGUUCGUUCAGUGCCUAUGUCUGCGGGAGCAGCUGCAGGCCGUGCCUCGAGGUCCUCUCUAAGCGCCGGGACACCGGACUCGCUUAGUGAUAACGAAGCUGCGAGCGGUCUCGGCCAGAGAUAUAGAAAACCCAGUGUACCAAGAUCAACCUUAACGCCCAGCGGUUCUCGGCCAGGAUCCAGGCCAGGAUCGAGAACAGGAUCAAAACCACCGUCUAGACAUGGGUCGAAUUUAUCUCUAGAUAGUACAGAUGAAGUGUUAACUCCGUCUCGCAUCCCUAUGCGCAAAGUGGCAAGUACGCGUGCAUCAACCGCUCGAGCGGCCGCAAAUGCUAGCAAACUGGGAGUUACUACACCCAAUGGUGGCUCGCGCCCAAGAACUCCAACCGGAUUUCUUACGCCAGCAAGUGGAAGGUUACCUAGCGGUGCGAUGUACCGCACGUCCAGUAUUCCGACACUCUCACCGGUACCGGCGUUAGUAAGUUCGACACAUUCCCAGCCAUCUUCAAUGGCAUCUGAACCUCCGAAGUCCUUAUCCCACACUCAUCCUGCAUUCCAUACCCAGGGGCCUACCAAAAUUCCCGUGUACGUCGGAAACCGGUCGCAGCGCACGCCAUCUGUGGAACGAAAGUUUAAAACUUCACGCAAAUCUCAGUCCCGAGAGGCUUCACAAGAUCCAAGUCCUAUUUCCCAUGACCCUAAAUCUGACCAAAGAAGUCCGGAAGAUGAUUCCUCACUGUUCAGCAUAUCGGGAAUGACCAGUGACAAUGAAUAUGAGAGUAAUAUAAGCGAGUCAAGCGGUGAAGCGUCAAAGCCAACCCAACGAGAUAUCAGAGGGAGUGGAUCGUUUGCCUCCACCGACGGUCAGACGCCCAGCAGAAGUCGCAUACCGGUGCCUAAGGAGGCUAAUAGUCAUACUAGACAACGGACGCCGUCUGGAAGCACAACACCAGUGCGCCCCGGACAGCAAACCGCCGCAUCGCGUCUCGUGAGGCGGCCGUCCGACGCCACGGACAGCGGCGCGCCCGCCACUCCUGUCACCCGCCGAACGUCCUCGUCAUCCACAAAAACUACAGAGAAACGCGAACCUUUCCGACUCUAGACGAAAUAAUUUGUAAUGCAAAUAUCAUUCCCGCCACAAUUUCGCCAUAUUGAUUAUUAUUUAUUAAUUUUCAAUAUGGCGAAGUUUUGAUUAGAUUUUUUAAAUUAUGUGUAGCCUAAGCUGGUCGCUUUGAUUUAUUACAAAUAUAAUCUAACGCUGUUUACGCAAAUUUUAUUAUUUGUAAGCUAGUGUAUGUUUAAUAUUGUUACAAGCGAUAAAAUAAAUCAGAGCGUCAGCUCUGCUACGCAUUCAAGUGCCGAUGAAACGAUUAUUAUAUUAUUACUAACAGUAAAUUAACACAUUCGCGAUUUAAGCCAAGCUUGUAUAAUAAUUGCGAAGUUGGCUUCUAAUUAGUAACAACUAUAGAUUGUAGUAAAACAUAAAGUCUGCACUUGUUGCCUUGUAUACUUAUUUUCUACGAUCCCUGCCACUUUACAUGUUGGUUUUUGUGCUGUCAGUAUAUUUUUACUGAUCAAAUUCAUUUUCUUUAUUUCUUUGUGAAUACUUUCUUAUUUAUUGUCAAAGUUGCCAUAAUUAUUAGUGUAUAUUAUAUACGUAUUAGUUCUACUAGGGACAGAAAGUGUGAUUUUGUAAAAGAUUUUUGUAUUUUUCUUUUAGGGACCAUUUUAUUUAAGGAGUAUCCAUUCGUAUGCAAUUACCAGUAACCACUUAUACCUUGUUGUUAUAGCUUAUAGUAACGCCAGACUGUAGGAUUUGAUUAACUGGUUUGAGAUGUUGCUGGUAAUUAUUUGAGGUGAUAAUAGAGUUAUUGUUUGUAAUGCACAAUCAUGUUUCCUCUUAUUUAAAUAAUAUGUUCGUUUGAUUCUCUUUGUAGAAAUAUAAUAAUUUAUCAACAAUCGUAGGAUUUACUUUAUGUAUGUGAUUAUUUUUUACACUUAUGCACAAUAUAUUUAUUGUGAUUGCAUUAAGAAUUUUGCAUAGAACUGGUAAACGUAACUUGAAACAUUUCGACUGACGCCAGAGCCGUAUGAAUCUAUUAUGCUUACCAGAAAUUUGCCACCUUAAGAAAUUCCAUAGCGGACUUUUAUUUUAGUAAAUAACUGAAGUACACAUUGUCGACACAAAAGACAUUUACUUAAUAAAAUUAUAUUAUGAUAAAACAUUUUUAUAUAUGAAAAGAAUGCUUUAAUAUGUAACCUUCCUUAAAAAUGUUAACCAACACUCACAUUUACUUGUUAUUUUUAUUAUAAAUCUGACUUUAAGAAUAGGUCUUUAUUAUUAGAGAUAUUGUAAAACUAUUAAUCUGGUCAUUUUUAUUUAAAUCAUUGUUGUAUUUGUUAAAUGUAAAAUCAAAAUAAAUUUACUAAAAGCUUGCAAUAUUUUUUGUAUAAUAUUUCUGAAGAGCUACUACAGUUUUAAAAUCUCAUAAUUGAUUUCAAAAUAAAAAAUAACAUUAAUUA